AUGGAGGGUGAUGAUAUUUCAAUGAAUCGCUCGAGCCCAGCAACCAGCCUUGCUAGUAGGCGUGUGAUGGCAUCUCAAGUAUCUGUGCCUCCAUCGGGGACAGCUCCGCAUCCUUCCCCGGAUUCAGUCCCUGAGGGGGGUGCUGCAAAUGGCAAUUUGUUGAGGACACCAGUGGUGAUGAAUGCCCAACCAUUGAGAUGUAGCCCUCCCUGGCUAAGACAUGAUAUGAGGUAUCCAGCUGUUAUGACGCCACCGCCGUGUGCUGCGCCUUCAGAGAUGAUUACACCUGACGUCAACCAAACUUACACACAUGGCGAGGAUUUGGAUCCUGAAGUUGUUCCAAAUUUUGAGAUGAGCUUUGAGUCUUUUGAAGAUGCAUUUUUGUUCUACAAAAAGUAUGCUGGGCGUGUUGGCUUUCCAAUAAAGAAGAACAGGAAAAGGGGGACAACUGGAAAGGAUUUCUGUUGCUCGUUGGAAGGGAAGCUAACACAAAGGUUCAGGAUGGCGACCCAUGACGAAGUGUAUGAGGGCGCACAAGGUUGA